AGCUUAGUUCAGCUGUGUAUCAUCUGUAACCUAACUAAAUGCCAUUGUUUUGUUAGGCCUUAAAUGUUGAUUCAACAAAUAUGCUCGUUACUGAAGGUGGAACCAGCAAUCUUGCUUCUUUGCACAAUAGUUAUGCCAAUAGGCCCAAUAUCUCACCUGAAAAAGGCACUGUAGAUGGCCGUAUUCUGAUUUCAAAUCAUUCUGCGUCAGAUCAAGAGGAGCUCAAAGUUCUUUCAGAUUCGAAAAAGAUAUUGACUCAAACUGCCCUAGCUACUUUGAUACGAAGGAGGAAUGAAUUGGCCCUUCAGCAGCGCAAGAUAGAGGACGAGAUUGCUGUUUGUGAUGGAAAUAUCCAGAAAAUAUUAAGUGACGGGGAAGAUAACUUUAGAUUAAAGAUUGAAUCAAUUAUAGAAGGCUGCAAUGGUACAUGGCUCUGGAAUCAAGAAAGGGUGUGUGGACAGCAAAUCCCACCUCUUAAGAGGAAAAAAUUGUCAGAGGCUGUCUUUAUCACACAAAGUUCAUGCCAGGAACUAGAUGAUAUAUGUCGCACAAACAAUUGGGUCCUGCCAACUUAUCAUCUAUCUCAAUCAGAGGGUGGAUUCAAAGCCAAUGUAACUGUUAAAGGAGUGGAGUUUCAGUGUUCAUUUGAAGGUAAAAUGGGUUCCAGUCCUUCUGAAGCAAGAGAAUCAGCUGCAGUUCAGAUGAUAACGAACUUGAGAAGUAUAGCAAAAUUAGAAGAGUGAUAUUGGAAGAUUAGAAAUGAUCUGUUUCCCUUUUUGUUACUAGUCUUUUCUAGAAUUACAUCAAUCUGGCAAAAUAUCAUGUCAGUCUUCGAUCAUUUUUACUGAAUUCUGUUAAAAUGACUGCAUUUUCUAAUCUCUUCGGUUCUGGGAUCUUGCAUUUAACACAAAUGAUAUUGAUAUGCGAUUAAUUCUUGUCAA